AUGUUGUCAUUACAAUUCAAGAGAUUGAUACAUUCAAUCAAGAAAUCGCCUGUUGGAUUUGCAUUUGACAUUGAUGGUGUGUUGAUGCAGUCUAAGAACCCCAUCUUGCCAUAUGCGAGAGAUACUCUAACACUGCUACAGGAUCACAAAAUACCGUUUGUACUUCUGACAAACGGAGGUGGUCAAACUGAAGCAUCAAGAGUCUCAUUUUUAAACAAAUCUCUAAGUCUGAAGAAUCCCCUAAGGACAUCACAGAUUGUGUUGUCCCACACGCCUAUGAGGAAUUUAACCGGCAAGUAUAACCGUGUUUUGGUAGUUGGUGGCGAUGAUCCGCAAACUCGAGAAGUUGCACAAUCUUAUGGGUUUCAAGAAGUGAUUCGCCCAAUCGAUAUUGUACGUGAAGGGCCAAAUAUUUGGCCCUUCAUUAGGUAUACCAGGGAGGAGAUUCAAGCAUUAUCUAAACCUGUUGAUCUGAGACAACCCAUUGAUGCAGUUUUCGUAUUUAACGAUCCAAGAGACAUGGGUACCGACACGCAAAUUGUGAUUGAUGCCUUAUGCUCUGAAAAUGGCGUGCUGGGUACCAGGAGAGGCAUUGGGUCUUCUAAGCCUUCGGUUCCUAUAAUAUUCAGCAAUAUGGACCUAUUAUGGAGUACAGGAUAUCCAAUACCAAGGUUUGGGCAAGGUGCAUUUCGAUUGACCAUCCGAGAGUUGUACAAACAGUUGAACAAUGCAGAGCUGGUGGAUACCGUACUGGGGAAACCAUGGCCUGUCAGUUACACCUAUGCCGAGAAUGUAUUGAAUGACGAAUGGAAAUUGCUGAAUGGCGAUCGUAGUGGUGCCAACGAGAUUCCCGAACUGGGAGUUAAGCCUAAGGAGCAGUUAGUUGAGAAUGUUUACAUGGUUGGCGAUAAUCCGCAAAGUGAUAUUUCCGGCGGCAACAACUAUGGGUGGGAGACUAUCCUAGUGGAGACAGGGGUAUACAAGGAGGGAGAUUUCCACAAGUAUCCGACGUUAGCCAAGCCGACAUUUGGGAUUUUCCCCAAUGUUUGGGAUGGUGUAACUAGUGCAUUAAAGAGACACCAAGUUAUUUAG